AUGGUCGAGACGCCGCCGAACGAGAGCGCGUCGAAACGCGCGGCGGCGAGACGGCGGUUGAGGCGACUCUUCAACGUGCCGGAGGACGAGACGCUCGUCGCGGACUACAUGUGCGCGCUGCACAGUAAGAUUUUAUUGCAAGGGAAGAUGUACGUGUUCGAGAAUUACGUGUGCUUUUACAGUAACGUGUUCGGGUACAUGAAGAAAAGGACGAUUCCGUUCAGCAGGAUCACGCUGAUCAACAGGGCCAAGACGGCGAUGGUGUUUCCGAACGCCAUCGAAAUCACGUACGACGGGAAGACGGAUUUUUUUACAUCAUUCAUCUUUCCCGAGAAGUCGUUCAAUGUGAUUUGCCAUGAGUGGGUGCGGGCGUCGCAUUACGGUAAAUUGAACGCGAUGAACGUGAAGAGGCUUUCGAAGUUGUAUGACAACGAAGACCAUGACAAGGACGUCGUCGAAGACGCCGCGGAAGAUUCGCCGAGGGAUGUCGCGACGGCGAGACGAUCGAGCGAAGAGAGCGAGCAGUCCACACCGGAGCAUUUGAAUGUAGAACAGAAGAUUCAAGAAAUCGAAAAUGACGACGACGACGACGACGACGACGGCGUCGGCGCUGAAGAUAUCGUCGGAGAUUUUGGAAACAUCCCGCUGGCGAGACUCCCCGGGAAGGCGCCGAGCGAUUCGCCGUCGCUGAUUAAUCUGUACAGCGGCGAUGUCGAUUGCUCCGUGGAGGACUUCUUUCUCGUCGCGUGGUCAAAUAAAUCGCGGCACGAUGUGCAGCCGAAGAUAUCGCAAGCGUUAGAGCAAACACAGGUGAAAAUCACGGAUUGGUUCGAGAAGAGAGCCAUCGGAUGCGUUCGAGAGAUGGUGGUCACCGUUCCCGUGAGACAAACUUUCGGUCCGAAAUCGACUCGCUGCCACCAGACACAAAGUUACGCCGUAUACGAUGACAAUGUCUUCGUCUUGAAUACGUCUCAAGUUCAAACUGACAUACCUUACGGUGACUAUUUCAGAGUCGAAGCGCGUUGGGUGCUUCGUCCACUCGGGCCCAAAAAGUGCGCCCUCUCCGUCGGUACCGAGGUGAUCUUCACCAAAUCGACGAUGAUGAAAGGUUUAAUCGUGAGUAGCGUUAUCGACGAGAGUAAAGUGCAGGUGGCGAAAAUGAUCGAGAUUUACAUGCGAAAAAUUAAUCCCAAGCAGAAAGUGGCGAGGGCACCUUCCGACGUGCCGGAGUUCGUCGACGUGAGCAAGCUGCGAAUCCCGGACGCAUCUCGAGACGCCGUUUGGAGCAUGCUUGUGGCCACUAAAAACUUCGUGCAGCAAACUUCGGCUGCGCCGGAAAUCGAUCUCAAGAAGGCCAGCCCUUGGAGGAAGACGUGCUUCUUCUGUUCGCGUGCAGCGAGAAUCGUGUUGAUAAUCGUUUGCGUGCUACUUUUCCACACCGCGCUCUCAAUGUCGACAGAGUUCGUGUUCGGUGGCGUCGCGGAGAGGAUUUUUGGUUGGCAUCCCACUCGUGUUUACGACGAGGCGAGAUAUUGGGAAGCAAAAUCGAAGAUUCUCAACAACGAGUUGGUUUAUUUGGAACGUCGCUUGGGGUAUCUUGUCGACGAAAUAGAAGUCGCGAAAGCCGCGAUGGCUUCAGCGGCGAAAUGA